AUGGGCCCUCCCGCCCCCUCAGCUCAACCCCACGUUCCUCCCGCAGGAGUGUGGUGUCCAGCCGUUACCUUUUUUCAUCAUCAGACGGACAGCCUGGAUCUUGCCUCGCAGUCUCAGUAUUUCCGCUACCUUUCGCAGACCGGGCUUGCCGGUCUCGUGAUUCUGGGUACCAACUCCGAGGCAUUCCUCCUGACUCGCGAAGAGCGUUCCCAGCUCAUUUCGACCGCACGCGCCGCCGUCGGCCCUGACUUUCCUCUCAUGGCGGGUGUCGGGGCGCACUCAACCAAGCAGACCCUUGAGUUCGCACAGGAUGCGGCUGCAGCCGGUGCCAACUAUCUCCUGGUCCUGCCUCCUGCAUACUUUGGUAAAGCCACAAGUAUGAACGUGGUGAAACGAUUCUUUUCGGAGGUCGCAGCGAAAGCUCCGCUGCCCGUGGUGGUGUACAACUUUCCCGGGGUGUGCAAUGGGGUUGAUAUGGACUCAGAAACUAUCACUUCGAUCGUGCGGGAAUCGGCUGCCGCUCAUUCUAGUGGCCUGUCGAAUGUCGUCGGUGUGAAGCUGACUUGCGGCUCAGUCGGGAAGAUCACACGCCUGGGGGCAACAUUUGCGCCGGAAGAAUUCGCGACGUUUGGUGGUCAAUCGGAUUUCCUCAUCGGGGGUCUCGCCGCAGGCAGUGCCGGUUGUAUUGCAGCCUUUGCUAACGUGUUCCCCAAAACUGCAUCACGGAUCUGUGCAUUAUAUCAGAAGGGACAGUUAGGCGAAGCAAUGAAACUCCAACGGAAGGCCGCCCUGGCUGAGAGUCCUAUCAAAAGCGGCAUUGCCUCAACCAAGCAUGCAGUUGCCUGCUACUCGGCCCCAUCAGCAGGGAUCCAAGGGGCCGAAGAGAAGUUGCUGCCCCGCCAUCCCUACGAAGGCCUUGGAGAGCCCGCCAAGAAGUCCAUUCGGGAAGCCAUGGCGGAAGUGGCGGAGAUUGAGAAGACUCUGUAA